CUUUUUCUAUUUUCCGUGUUCCCGGGAAAAGUCCAAGGAAAACGAAACCCUUCCUAAUUUUUGGUUUGGAAUUCGAAUGCAAUUGCGUUAAAUUUUGCGCCUUUGAUUUGGGUAUUUGCAGAAUUUUGAGAAGACUCAUUGGAUUAUACAAGUUAGAAGUAAUGGAGGAUGUUUCUGGGACCUGGAGCAGGCUGAGCAGCAAAGUCCACCACUUGGUCAAGAUGGUGAAAGAAAAUGAAACAGUAACUGAAUAUGCUACCUUAGUUCAUGGAGAACCUUCUCAAGAUGCUAAUGACCCCCCAAAAGUUGAUUCCAAGGCGGAAAUCCUUCACGAGAAAGUCACAAAGCAAAUCAUUAAGGAAGGUCAUGGUCAAAUACCAUCCAAGUAUUCAACAUGCUUCUUGCACUACAGGGCAUGGACUGAAAGCACAAGACACGAGUUUGAGGACACAUGGGAUGAACAACGACAACUUGAAAUGAUUUUAGGAAAAGAGAAAAAAGAAAUGACUGGCUGGGCUAUUGGGGUGUCCAGCAUGAAGUCGGGAGGGCGUGCCCUAUUACAUGUAGGCUGGGAGUUAGGGUUUGGGAAAGAAGGGAGCUUUUCUUUUCCGAAUGUUCCACCAGUGGCAGAUAUAUCAUAUGAAGUUGAGCUUAUUGGAUUUGAUGAAACCAAAGAAGUAAGUUGGUCACUUGCUUUCAAAUGUCUUCCCAAGUAGAUGCCAAUAGUUUUAGCCGGGAACGAAGACACAGUAUCAAAUUUAGUGAUCUAAACUGUUAGCAGUGGAGGAGUUAAGAAUUUACGAUGAUGGGGUCAAAAAAUCGAUCAUACUUUCAUUACGAUUACCCACUACAUGUUCUCAUAUUUUGGAAACGUUGUAUCACAACAAAAUUAUAAAUCAAAUCAAACACAUCAUUCUCAAUGUAUA